AUGGUAGGCGUGAGGCUGGUCCACCUGUUUGGAUACGUGUUCUGCGAUACUAUCCGCUCUAUUAAUUGGUCACCCUGGGGUUGUGGUGUCCAUGUGAAUGCAGCUAUCAAUGUCGUUGUAACCCGAGAAAACCAGUUUGUGACGAACAGUGGUGGGAAAUGGCACAGAAUUCCAGGAUACAACUCUAUGAGCCCUGAGCUAGAGCUUAAAGUGUUUUCGACUCCUAUUCCUGUAACUGAUGAAAAACCUGCUUUUACGUCUACAUCGUGUGUACGUCUAACAUGGCAAGACGUCCGCGCAAAGACUUCUCGAAGAUUACGCACUAUUAAUAGAUUAUAUGCUAUUAAG